AUGAAAUUUAUAAAAUUAUCUAUUGAUUCUUAUCCAAUCAAAUAUUAUAGUAGAUCUCACAAAGUUACCAAUAUAUUAAAACUAAAUGGAAUAGGUUUAAAAAAUUCAGGCGAAGAAGAAAUAAAGAAUUACUUUAAAAAUUUUAAUCUAACUUGUAUGACUUAUUUAAUUGAUAAUGAAGACAUACUUUAUUUAGAAUUUUAUAAAAAAAAAGAUUGCCUAUUUUUACAUAAUUUCUUCAAUAAUAACAUAAAUGGAAAUACAAUAAAUAAAUAUAAUAUUACUGCAGAAUAUGCAAACAUAAAAUAUGAAAUAAAUAAUAAUUCAAAUAUAUAUACAAAAAACUACUUAAGUAUUUUAAAAGGUAACGAAAACAUUUUUAUUUACAGAAAUGUAAUUGAUAAGAAAAUUUCUGAUGAUAUUAUUCAAAAUUACGAAAGUUCAGAAUGGUUAAAAUAUACAAAAAAUAAUGAGCUAAAUAUUUGUUAUUACUUUUGCCGAACAAUUCCUAAUAAAAUAUAUAAAUCCUAUUGUAUACAAAAUAUAACUUCAUUCUUUACAUCAGAAUUUUUAAAAAAUAUAAAAAGUAUAUUUAAUAAUAGAGAACCAAAUCAAGUGUCAAUUUUAAACUGUCACAAAAAAAAGUCUAUUGAAUAUGUAAUCGAAUCUAGUUUUAUAUUUGAAGACGAAAUAGCUUUUCUAGUUAUUGGAAAUGAUUUACCUAUAUCUUUCUUUGAUCUUAGAAAUAAAACUAAAAUAAAUUUAUUAAUUUCAAGUAAUACACUUUUAAGAAUUAAUGGAAAUCUCAGAUACGAACUAAUUUUUGGUAUUCCUAAAAAGAAAAGUAUACAUCUUGAAGAUACGAUUGUAGAUAGAAAGAACAGCUACUUAAUAAUAUUUCGUUUUAUCAAAGAAAAUAAUAUAGAAAACAUCUUAACUGAAAGAAAAAAUAAUGAAAAUAAUAAAACUGAGAAACAAGAGAAAGAUUGCGUUUCAAUAAACAUAAAUGAUUUUGAUUCAGAAAAUUUAGAAAAAAAGUAUGUUCUUGAUGUUUAUAAUAAAAUAGCACAACACUUUGAUCAUACCAGAUAUAAAACUUGGAAAAAUGUAGAAAACAUAAUAAAUGAAGAAAAAGAAGGAAAUAUGAUAAUAGAUAUUGGUUGUGGUAGUGGUAAACAUUUAAGUGUAUCUUCCAAAUAUUUUUUUAUAGGUUUAGAUUUUAGCUUAUAUUUAUUAAAAAUAGCACAAAAAAAACGUAAUUCAGAUUUAUUUUUAGCUAACUGUGUUAAUAUACCUUUAAGAUCAAAUUUAGCUGAUUUAUGUAUUUCAAUAGCAGUUAUACAUCAUAUAGGAACUCAUGAAAAAAGAAAAAAAGCUAUCGAUGAAAUGGUUCGAUGCACGAAAAUUGGUGGAAGAAUUCUUAUAUAUGUUUGGGCUUAUGAACAGCAAGAUAACAUUAUUGGAAAUAGGCAAUUCAAUUCUCAAGAUAUUUUUGUACCAUGGUAUCUACAACAACAAUAUACAACAAAAACAAGUGAAGAAGAGAAAUGUAAUUCUUAUCCUUUUAAAAAAGAUCUUUUGAAAUUACAUAGAUAUUAUCAUGUAUUUAAAAAAGAAGAAAUAUAUGAAUUAUGCGAAAGUAUUAAUGGUGUAAAAAUUGAAAAAAUUUAUUUUGAUUGUAAUAAUUGGGGCAUUAUAUUAAGAAAAGUUUUUUAA